CUUGAAAAGAGAAGAGUGUGGAGGAUUAAUAUCAGUGUCGAGUUUCUACACUUCAGUUUGGAUAUGUUCCCAGAACUACUUGCUGCUUUGUUUUUCACACUUCUGAAUGUCUCUGCAGGGGCAUACAGGGUCAACAAUGUCAAAAGAAUUGUUGCUCCUAAUGAAGGCGAUGUGAGGCUGUCUGGAUCUACGAGCACCACAGAGGGCCGUGUUGAGGUCUACCAUAACGGAGAAUGGGGAACGGUGUGUGACGACAACUGGGACCUGGCUGACGCCCAGGUGGUUUGUCGUCAGCUCAACUUCCAAGGGGCCAUAUCUGCCGUGCCUGGGGGACGCUACGGACGAGCCUCUGGGCAAAUUUGGCUGGAUAACGUCAACUGUUAUGGCACAGAGCAAAAGCUUGCGUCUUGUAGAUUCCCCGGUUGGGGAAAUCAUGACUGCAGCCAUGAGGAGGAUGCCGGAGUUAUCUGUGAGCCCAUUACCUACCCCAGUCCUGAUGACACAGAGAGUCACACUACGACUCUGAGCAACUCUACAUACUCACUGGACCACAGCACCGCCCUCUCAGAUGACCUCGGGAAAGUCUUUGACAGUGGUGCCGCUUGUGACUACCUGAUCACUUUCCAGACACCAGCUAGAGACAAACAAGAGGUUGGCGCCCCACAGAAGAUUGAGUCUACAAUCUGUGCACACAAAGCUAUCCUCAUGUUGUACCCUUACUUCAAUGCUUCUGCGGGAGGAAAUAACACCACAGUGACUGUAGACACACCCUGUUUGUCUUAUUUCACCUCCUUCAUAAGGUACCUUUACACCCGUAAGAUCAACGUGACCUACUCCUCUGCCAUGUGCCUCCAUCAGCUUGCUGCAGACUUUGGAGUAAAGCAGCUGAUGGAGGACGUGGGCUGGCUGUUCACUAAAAUCCUCCCCGAUGAUGCUUCCUUUUACUCCCAGGUUUCACUUUACAAAUAUGCAGUUGAGUCAAAGGACUUGGUCCUGGAGGAAAACUGUGUCCAAUACUUGGCCUGGAACUUCCAGAACCUGACCGCUUCCCCAUUUUGGGCCGAGCUUCCAGUGGAGCUCCUUCGUGCCCUUCUUGUCCGCUCAGAUUUGGUGGUGCCUGAUGAGUAUUUUGUACUUCAGAGCCUGGAAAACUGGAUUAAAAACAAAUCUGACUCCCUGAGUUCAGAGAAUCAGGCCGACUUGCUCCGUCUGGUCCGUUUCCCCAUGAUCCCUGCCGAGAAGCUGUAUGACCUGGAGUCCACCUCACAUCUCUACAAGACUCACAAGGAUUUGUACCUUGAAAGUGUCUUGACAGCAUAUCAGUUUAAUGUUCUUCUCUACAGUAAUCUAACCAAAUUAAAGUUAGACAAGCAAAGUGAUGAUUACAAGCCCAGAAUCUACACAGGGGAGACCUGGAGUGUUACUAUUGACCCAAAAUCUUCAUCGUUUCGAAGUCGAAAUCAGUACGACUACAGGCGUCAAUAUGAUCGUUACGGUUACUACCCAUAUUCUACUCAAUCCCCUUUAAACAAGCAACUGAGGACACCUCUCCACAACAGCCUUCUGUUUAAGAACAACAUGGUCAGCUGGGAGGUAAAUGUCUUCAAAAGCAAGAGAGAGUGUUCAAACCGAGGUUUAUGGUGUGAAUCUGUUCCUGCGGUCAGACUGGCUCGCCAGGACCGGUAUGGGUCUGAGAGCAGCAUCCUCUUCCGUAAUCGCCUGCUGGUGGUGUGCCAGAACAAGUAUGUGUGUCAGAUCCAGGGGUUCGAAGGCGACCUGGCUUAUGUCAAUACGAAUAGCACUCAGGUCCUUUCCUAUCCAUGCCCUGGUGACAAGUACACUUACGUGCUUGUAGUGAGACCAGAGUAUGUGUGAUCCAAUGAGAGGAAACGGUAACAAUGAUCACAAGCAGUGUGACUGACUUGAGUCAUUGAUGUUAAGGUUAUUCAAAGCAGUUAAGUAUCCUGUUAAACAAAUUUUUUCAGUGAUUCCUAUGAUAAUUGU